AUGUCGAAAUACGGAUUCACCAAAAUUCCAAGAAACGUCAAAGUAGCCACUGAAGCUUUCAGACCUCCCACCAGCCAGCCAGUGGUGGGUCUUCCUUCAACACCGUUGGCCAAGUUUGUCUUGGAUUAUGUCACGGAAGAAUUACCUCCCCCGGUUUUGCUCCAUUCGCUUCGGGUAUUCCAGUACAGCGUGGCCAUAAUCAAGGACCAGUUCCCUGAUUGGGAGCUUGAACCAGAGGUUGUAUUCGUGACUAGUCUACUCCACGAUAUUGCUACUACCGAGAAAAACAUGCUGGCAACUCAAAUGUCCUUUGAGUUCUACGGCGGAAUUAUAUCCAGAGAACUUAUCUUGAAACAAACCAAGGGGGACAAGCCCUACGCCGAUGCAGUGGCUGAAGCCAUCAUCAGACACCAGGAUUUGGGUGAUUCUGGUUUCAUUACCAGUCUUGGUCUGAUUUUGCAGAUUGCCACUAUAUUGGAUAACGUGGGGCUAAACACCCAUCUUAUUCAUAUCGACACUCUCGACGCCAUCAAUAAAAAAUACUCCAGAGAAGGUUGGUUAUCUUGUUUUGCCCUGGCAAUCGAUAAAGAGAAUAAAGAGAAACCCUGGGGUCAUACCAGUGCGCUAGGUGUGAACGACUUCAGAGAUGAUGUAUUGGCCAAUAAGUUCAACUACCAGAAAUUGUAA